CAUAACACAUAACCUAUAUUUCCAUAGUAUCCAUAGGGAUAAUAAUAUACAUAUUUUGUGUAUCUUUUAAUACGAAAGAAAUUGUGUGCAAUAAUUUUUUAUUCUUUAUAAAAUUUCGAAUUUUCCGUUUGUUUUAAAAUGGAUAACGUAUCACAACAAUUAGACGAAAUUGAAGCCCUUAAAUCCAUAUUUGGAGAUGAGUGGCAAGUAGAUUCUGGCACUGGAACAUAUAGUAUUGAUAUUAGCAAAGAAGUAAAAUUGUUUAUUACUUUAGUACCUGAGUAUCCAUCGAGUUCUUUGCCAGGAUAUGAAUUACUGGCUCCCAAUCUUCAUUUUUCCCAAAAGAAAAAUAUAGAGCAAAGAUUUCAAAAUUUAUAUGAAACAGAAGGUGGUGGUCCCCUUAUUUACCAAAUGAUAAUGAUAGUUGAGGAUGUUGUCAAGAAAUCUCAAUCAAAUACAGAACACAAGAAAUCUCAAACAAAUACUGUAGAAGAAGAACAAAUAGACAACGUAAAAGGAAAUAGUUCAAAAUGUAGUAAAAAUUUAAACGUAGUGCAUGGUUCAAAAAUAUUAGAUAGGAAGAGUGUAUUUCAAGGGCAUGUUUGCGAAGUCAAAAGUAAAGAAGAAGUAAAUGCAUUUAUGGAGCUAUUGCUUGAAAACAAGAAGAUUGCUCAUGCGACACAUAAUAUCUCUGCAUAUAGGAUUUUGUUGCCUAAUAAUGUUGUGCUACAGGAUUGCGAUGAUGACGGAGAAAACAAAGCAUCGUCUAGAGUUCUAGAAUUGCUACAAACAUUAAAACUAAAUAAUGUUAUGGUUGUAAUUUCAAGAUGGUAUGGUGGUAUUCAGCUGGGUCCAGAUAGAUUUAGGCAUAUUAAUAAUGCUGCUCGACAAGCACUAGUGGAAGCGGGUUUUGUAAAAUCGUAGGAUAAAUUAUAAUAAAAAAAUUGUAUAAACAACUGUUGUUUUUAACGCCCAACAUCUUUUUUCUGUUUGAUUUCGCCAUAUAUGUAACAAUGACAGUAUAAUAGUCCACUCCUACGCGGUAAAAUAUUGUAAAAUCUCGGAAAUUCUAAAGAACCGCACCGAUUUUGACGAAAUUGUGAAGUAAGCUUAGGUUACCUUCCUCUUCAAAAGUUGUGUGAUGAAAAUGUGUAGUUUUUGUUUUUAACGGGUGAAAACACCCUUUUUGACCAAAAAUUUCAUACUGCAGAUUUCUGCUUAUUUAAAUCUUAAACAUGUUUAAGUAUGGUAAAUUAAGAUUUGUUUAUCAUAUCUGAAUGCAUUUUAUAAUAUAUAAUUAUUUUUCAACCCUUAAGGCUAUGGGUACAUAAUUCGCAAAUAUUUUACGUGUAUCCCUACUUUUUCUGUCUUUACACGGCAAAUUACGUGUAGUAAAAUUCACACUGGUAUGGAUAUGUAAACAUUACUAGAAUGUCAUUCUACUUGAAAAUGUCAUCAUUAAUUUAAAGAGAUGGCUUUUGAAUGUUCUUGGAUAACUGUUAUUUUUAUAAUUGCAAAUUAUUAAUUCAGUUAAUAAAUGUGAUAAUUUUUUCACUAACUAUGUAUUCAGUGAUUGUAAUAAUUUAUUUGUACAACAAAAACUAAUACUCAAUCGAGAAAAGAGGAAAAGUGUUAAAGUGAUUUUUUAAUAAUAUAUUGUUAUGGAACGCUUACAAUUUUGAACAUCUUUAACAACAAUAUACUUGGAUCACAGAAUAUAUUAUCCUGAUGUAUUCUCUGCUUGGAUCUUCCACAAAUAAUACACAAUAAAUAACUUUUUAUUAAGUUCACGUCUUAAAUCAAUUAUUUAUCAAAUACACUAUAUAUCAAUAAUAUUUAAUCAUUACCUCAAAAUAUUCCCGAUGCAAUGUCAAAUAUUUAAAAUUGUCACUGAUUGUAAGUGUCUGACUGACAAUAUAUGCUGACAGUAUUAUAUUCGGCUGAGUGCGUUGUAAGACAAAGAUAGAUUUGGAAAAUAUUACCACGGCAUUGUGUUCAUUUUUUUCGAAUGCUGAAAAAACCAAUAAAUAUUUUUAAAAAAUUUAAACGCAGAAUGAAAGAUUAAAUUAUUACCGAGGGCCGAAAGUCCCUUAGAAUAAAUAAAAAGUUUGUUUUGAAUGAGAUAUUUGAAAUUAAAAAUUACACUAAAUUUUCUCUUGGUUUUUCACCCCUGUAACUUAUUUAAAUAAACAUUAUAGAGGUUCUCAGGGACUUUCGGCCCUCGUUAAUAACGUAAUCUUUCAUUCUGCGUUUAAAUUUUUCAAAAAUACUUAUUAGUUUUCUCAGGAUUCGAAAAAAAUGAAUCCCCAUUUGAAUAGCAUUGCAGCCGAAAAUACGUACCGAUCCUCUUAAAGACAAAAUGAAAUCAAUUUAAUAUUCAUAACGAGCGAUCCACAAUUAUUGGGAUCAAAUCUAGCCGUGCAAAAAAUUACGUAUGUCUUGUUUAAUCUGAAUUUAUAUCAUUGGUUUAUCAAUUAAUUUCGAUUAACAUUAUAAAACAUAAAAAUUCAGUCAAAACCUUUACAUAUAAAUUUAAUCAAAAAUAAAAAGAAUUAACAAAAUUAUUAGUAACAAUAAUAAAUAAAAUCAAACAAGAUGCUGUAUAUUAUAUCCACCACCAUCUCUACAUAACCUAACUUUUCUUGUUAAGUUGACGUAAACUGGAAAGUAUAUCUGAAUUAAGAAUAGACAUGCACUGUAUAGCUAUCUCUGUCGUUCAGAGCCACCUAUGGUGACAAUAAUUUUGGAUCACACGUUAGCUUUAUUUCGCAAUUAUUUAAUAUUUUAAAACCCUUAUAAACCACCCCCGAAACUGAAAUUUAUAGAAAACAAUUUCUAUGCUUCAAACUUUUAAAUGGUCUAUUUAUGGUAGAUUAAAUUUAUUUUGCUAUUUACAAAUUAGUUUUGUGAUAUUGUGCAUUUAUUUAACACUUAAAAACCAUCCUUUAUACAGUAAUGUAUAUGGGCCAUUCCACGAACAUACGCCUGUUUUGGAUUACUUCGACAACGAAUAUUUUACUGUGCAACAUAAGAAGUACGAAAGUAAAUGGCGCUAAUAAUUAUUCCAAUAAACAACAAUGUAAUUUGCAAUUUACUUUCGUUCUUCUUAUUUUGCACAGUAAAAUAUUCGUUGCCGAAGUAAUCCAAAACAGGCGUAUGUUCGUGGAAUGGCCCAUAAUAAAAAAAUAUGAAAAAAAAUUUUUUAAGAAACGCUUUUCUUUAGUUACGAGUGACUAAAAUUAAAAAUAUAAAAAAUUAACUAAAAGGCAAAAAUUGAAAAAAGCUAAUCAAAGAACAGCGUGGCGCGUCUUCAUCGAAUAAACGGUUUUCGCCCCACGCUUUUCUUUAACGAAUGUGUUAGAUUUUUUCAAUUUUUUUUAUUUUUUGCCUUUUAGUUAAUUUUUUUCAUAUUUUUUUAUUUUUUACUUUUUAGUCUUACACUUUUCAAACAUUAAAAUAUAUCGUCAUGUUUAUUAAAAUAUGUAUAAAGCAUAUGAUGUACUAACAUGAAAAGUAGUCGGAGUCGGCUAAAAAUUUGAAACUUUAUUGUUUAUUUAUGAAGCAUAACGUAAACAAUUAACGUAAAAAGUGAAAUUAUGUAUAGUUCAUAUCAUUAGCUACAAUCCGCAAAACUUUCAAGUUUUUACAUUGUAAAAAACAGGAGAAUUUAAGCAUUUUCCAUUAAAAUCGUUUUUUUUUAUUUAACCUUUAACUACCCGCGCAUCAAGUUAUAACAUAACUACACGCGUGGCGUACUUUGUACGCCACAAGAAAGUACACUUAAAAACAGCGGAUUUGUUUAAUUUUUUUUGAAAAAAUACACUUAGUUGUUUGUUAUAAACCUUAUUCGGCAUCAGUGAAUACUUGGAGUUCCUUUUCAGUAAGCCAAUUGGGAUUUAUAACUGGAAUCAUGGAAUAACUGGAUUCCAUGAUAAAUAAAAUUACUAAUAAAAAUUUUUUUUAAAUGUGAUUUUUUACAGGAGAAAAAGUAUUGUUUACAAAGAAAAAUAUAUUUUUUGCCAUAAUGACUAAAAAACAAUUAAAAUAUGUACUUAUAUUACGACUUAUAGUAAUAUAAUCCUGGGGUAUAUUGUCCACCACCGGAAACAACAAAUAAUAAAAUGUAAAUUACGAUCUGUCCAGAACGCCGAUUAUAACGAAACUAAAACCAAAUUGUAAAGCAUAUUCCAGUGAUAGGUUAGAAAAAUAAGCAAGGUCAAAAAUUAAAUUUUUAAAUAUAUUUCCAGUAGAAUUCUUAUAUCUGGCGUACAAAGUACGCCAACGCGUGUAGUUAAAGGUUAAACAAUUAAAAAACAUAAAAACAUUUUUUUUAUUGAUUAUUCGUGUAUUGUUCCCGCGAAUGCAUAUGUUCAUUCAUUUGCAUUGGAGAAAAGGCAGUCAAAUUAACGUUUAGAGAUUUGACGCAAACUAUUGAACUAAAUAAAAGCGUUUAAAAAUAAUGUUUCAUAUUUUUACUCCUAACUGAGUAUGGGGGACCAUUUUUCGUUGGAAUUUUUCCGCACUGGACAGGCGAGAAGUGAAAUGCAACAUUUGCUCCCGCAUGCGUUUUGCUUGCAAAUUUUAGAAGCCUCGAAGGUGUUACCAGAAAAUUGGUCUAAAUAAAGUUUUAGUUUGAUAUUAUUUUAUAUUUUAUUAAAGUAAAACUUUCCCUUGUUUCCUAUAAUAAUUUCAAAUUAAACAAUGUUGUGAGUGCAAUCAUUCAAUUAUUCAUUAUUGUUAAUAUUAUUUCUCGAAUAUUUCAUUGUUUCAACCCCUAAGAAUCAGCCUUUCUUACAAAAUAUUGUAGAAAUAGUUAUUUAUGUACCAAGUCAGUUAAGUGACUCUUUAUCGAACGAGUCUGAUAUUACGAACAGAGGGAGCGAAGCGAGCGAGACGAGUAACAGACGCAUUCGAUAAAGGGUUUUUACUGACGUGGUGUAGGUAUAUAAAAUUUUAUCGCCAAUCAUAAAAAACAUUAACACUUACUUGCAUCCUUCUAAUGAAAAAAGAGUGUGUGUACUUUAUACGCACAGAAGAAGUUAUACUUUUAUUAUUAUUAUUUCAACAAAAUAAAUAUAUUUUAAACAGUUUAAUUGUAUUUUUAUUUCAAUAUUAAACUAAUUUAAAACACAUAAUACCAAGAAUUAAAAAUAACGUUAAUAGUUACGUCAUUUUUUAAACAUUAACACUUACUUGCAUCCUUCUAAUGAAAAAAGAGUGUGUGUACUUUAUACGCACAGAAGAAGUUAUACUUUUAUUAUUAUUAUUUCAACAAAAUAAAUAUAUUUUAAACAGUUUAA